UAUGUGGCGUUACCGUGCUUAACAUUUAAGUGAUACUUUACAUACCUUUAAGUUUCUUAACUGAGUUGUAAAAGGACAAGGAAUAUCCACCAGGAGUUGGAACGCAUAUUUGGCUUUUAGCACUACUCAGUUGUGACAUACUGUGGACAGGGACUGAAAGCAUGAGAAAUGUUCAAGGUUGCCUAGCACUGUUUGCGCCUGCACUUCGAAAUUUCUGUACCCAUGAGAGAUAAAAAAUGACCAUAGUUAAGUGUUGUGACUGGUGAUGUUUUCCAUAAGCCCCUAACACAGAAGCACGUCCUGAGAUGGCUACUCCUGCCCUGGGUCGGCGUUUGGUUGCCUGUCUCCUGAACAUCUCUGAGGCCCGCAGGAAAGACUUGGUCGAGACCGUGGCCCGGGCUGCCAUUACAGAUGGAAAUGGGACCAGACGAGAGGGCUCCACAGUUCUAAACAUCUUUAAUGAUUUCGACUACAACCGUUCUGUCAUCACUAUAGUCGCAAGCAUUGACCUUAUACGGGAAGCGGUUCUGUCAGCGUGUGAGCGGGCGUGUGCUCUGAUCGAUAUGACAGCACACGCUGGAGUACAUCCGUGUAUGGGUGCUGUGGACCUGGUGCCACUCUAUCCUCUCGGAGAGGAUGUGGGUCUGGAGGACUGUGGGCGAGAAGCUCAAGCGUUGGCCUAUGAUUUGACUCAGCGUGUGGUUGGAACCAGCGCUUUUUUCUUCGGCUGGGCAGACUCCCCCCGGCACCGUGGGCUGGCUCAGAGGAGGAAGGAGGUAGGCUGGUUCCGGAAGGAUCUGGACAUUUCAGCCAUAAAACCAGACGUCGGGUCACAUCCAAUAAGACGAUAUGGCCUCACAGGCGUUGGUGCCAGCCCCUAUGUGAUGAACUGUAACGUGACCAUAGACACCGAGGACAUAACCGUGGGCCGGGGCGUCGCCGCAGCUCUCCGGGAGUCCAGUCCUGGAGGUCUCCCGGGGGUACAGGUGCUCGCCCUACCUCACGAAGGCGCCGUGGAGAUCGCCUGCAACGUGGAGAGCGUGCAGGGUGAACCCCCGGCUAGUUUUGCGGACAGCGCCGCACGGUGGCCGACCUUCAGCAUCGCAGGCCGACGCUUCUGCCACGCCCCGGCCUCGCUCAUCACGGCACGAGUGGCGGAGCUGGCCGGGCGUAACGGCGUCGGCACCAAGGGCACGGCCCUGGUGGGCUUCACCCCACUCGAAUGCCGCAGACUGGCAGAGCGAGCGCUGGCGCUGGGUAUCGGGGAGUUCUGGAAGCAGCAGCACAAAGUUUUCAUGUGAUCAUUCCUGUCUCUCUGGAAAAUCUCUGCUAACACUUUAUUUUACAGUGUUGCUCCCACACUGUUGAUUUACUGGAUGAGGGGAAACUUGAUACCAAUCGCUGAAUGUUUAAAUGGAAUGGAAAUGAAGUUACCAGAUUUAACAGAACUGUGUAAUUUGCCUGAGUUGGUGAUCCUAAUGGGUACUUGCUGACGUAGUUUCACAAAAACAGAUCCAGCUAUAGUGGUGGUCGGGAGGACCUCAGCACCCUGAGUUAAAGCAACUGUCCACUCUGUGCACAGGCAGAACCACUGCUGGUAACCAAGAGGGAACUUAAAAAGAGAUCCCCUCAGUAUGUGUGCAGUGCAGUGCACAGCAAUACAAAAGGGCCCAGCAGAAAUUCCUCCUUUGCCUUCCGUUCAGCAUGGGGAUUCAUAUUAGGAUUUGUGAAAUGAUUUAAUAAAAACAUGUCAAUGUGAAAUCCAGGGACAAUUUCUAUGGAGAAAUGGAAGCAAAGCAGCGACAGUCAAUUUAAAAAUAUUCAUUAUUGAUCACUGGUCUUUAAAAAUGAGUGAUUCAUUUAUUGAAUUGAAAUAACAGUGAAAUUGUUUGUCAGCACGACAAACAGCACUUCUGUGGCUGGAAAGCUUAUGGCAUGCAGUCUCCCUGGACAAAAUAUGUGGCUUGCUUAGUCAUGGACCAGCUCAUUUGCAACACUAAUAUAUAUUUCAUAAAAGGUCUGCUUAAAUAAAAGACACCUUUC